AUGUCCGACAAACCUUCCGUCCGUCUGGCCACACUCGAGGAUGUCGGCGCCAUCUUGGGUUUAAUAAAUGAGCUCGCGAUCUACGAAAAUGCACUCGAUUCCGUCCAGGCCACCGAAGAAACUCUUGCAGCCACGCUUUCCUUUGCCCCUUCAUCCUCCGACCAGGCUUCCUCCACCGUCCGCUCUGGCUACGCGAAGACCCUCCUCGUAACGGCCCCCGAAGGGGAAGUAGCCGGCAUGGCCCUCUUUUUCAACAAUUACAGCACUUGGCGCGCGAAGCCUGGCGUCUACCUCGAAGACCUCUUCGUGAAGCCUAAGUACCGCCAGAGAGGAUACGGCAAGCUGUUGAUACAGGAGCUUGCAAAGGAAGUGCAGAAGAUCGAUGGGGGAAGACUGGAAUGGAGCUGCCUGAAGUGGAACGAGCCAUCACUGAAGUUCUACGCGGGCCUUGGGGCGAAACAAAUGGAGGAGUGGGUUGGAUUGAGGGUCGAUGGCGAGGCUCUUGUCAAUCUGGCGGAGGGCAAAGCAACGUCUUCUUGA